AUGCAAUACAAACCAUCAGCUGAAGCUCAACAAGUCAAGCCACCACAAAUUCCAUCGCCAGGAAACAAUUCCUUUUUGGGUGAUAUUUUCACUUCCGAUGCUCCAAAGGAUAAACAGAUUUCAUGUGGAUUCUACAAGCAAGAGAAAGGUGAGCCAUUGGUGUAUUCUUACGAUUAUGACGAAAUGAAAAUCAUCUUGGAAGUCGAAGGAGAGUACACCUUGACCGACGAGACAGGAUACAAGGUCAGUGUUUCCCCAGGUGACGUUUUCUACUUUCGAAAGGGUACCACCAUCACUUUCGAGACUACCGGAUACGGAUUGGCAUUCUUUACUGGUUUGAGACCAAACGGUACAGCUUAA